CGAAAUAAAUAAAAAAUAAAAUCAAUCAAUCUCAAUUUGAAAGAAAUAAGAACCUGCUGUGGCGAAAAGAACUUUGAGCAAACAAUAACAACAAAAACAAAUAAAAAAAAAAGACGAAAUUACGUUUAUUUUCGUGAGGCUCAGCUGAUUGCACAUAUCAAGGUGAAUUUUCUUAUAGAAAAUAUGCUGGACCUGGAGAUACUGCCCGAAAUCUCGCUGGGCUGUGAAGCCUGGGAGUUUGUGCUGGGCAUGCACUUCUCACAGGCCAUAGCGAUAAUACAAUCCCAGGUGGGCAUCAUAAAAGGUGUGCAGGUGCUCUAUUCCGACACCGAUCCGCUGGGCGUGGACAUUAUAAUCAAUCUGCCGCAGGACGGGCUACGUUUGAUAUUUGAUCCAGUUGUGCAACGCCUAAAGACCAUCGAAGUGUUCAAUAUGAAGCUGGUGAAGCUGAAAUAUGGUGGCGUUUACUUUAACUCACCUGAAGUGCUGCCAAGCAUAGAACAAAUUGAACAUUCGUUCGGCGCCACACAUCCUGGCGUAUAUGAUGCUGCCAAGCAAUUGUUUGCCUUGCAUUUUCGUGGACUUAGCUUCUAUUUUCCCGUGGACAGUAAACUGCAUCCGGGCUAUGGACAUGGCAUGAGCUCUCUGGUAUUUUUGAACGGCGCUUCUCCUGUGGUAUCCAAAAUGUCGCUCUAUGCGGGCAGCAAUUGCACAGAGAAUCGUGCACCUUCACUGCCGCUGCCCUGCUAUUAUCGACAAUUGUAUUUGGAAUCAGCAACUGUGAUUCGAAGCAGCUAUGGUCAUACCGAGGGACUCAAGCUGAAACUCUUCACCGAGGGUUCGGGUCGUGCCUUGGAGCCGCGUCGUCAGUGCUUCACACGUGAGCUGCUCUUUGGCGACAGCUGCGAGGAUGUCGCCACAAAUCUAGGCGCACCCAAUCGAAUUUUCUUCAAGAGCGAGGACAAAAUGAAAAUACACAGCUCGAGUGUUAAUCGCCAGGUGCAAAGCAAACGCAGCGAUAUAUUCUUUAACUAUUUUACGCUUGGCUUGGAUGUUUUGUUCGAUGCACGCACACAGACCUGCAAGAAGUUUAUACUGCACACCAAUUAUCCGGGACACUUUAAUUUCAAUAUGUACCAUCGCUGCGAAUUCCAAUUUCAGCUAGAAACGGAUCAUGCCAGCGAAUGUGAUAGCAAACAGGAUCAUGUUAACGUAACUGCCUAUACCAAGUGGAAUGAGAUUAGCGGCUCACUGGUCACCUCGGAGCGUCCUGUGGUGCUGCAUCGUGCCAGCUCCACCAACACUGCGAAUCCCUUUGGUUCAACCUUCUGUUAUGGUUACCAGGAUCUCAUCUUCGAGGUUAUGCCCAACAAUCAUAUAGCAUCGGUUACGCUUUAUAAUACCGCACCGCCCAGACAGCCACCACAGUCCUGGGAGCAGCACAAAAUGCAGGACAUUCGACUCACAGUCGCCUAAGCCUCCGCAACACUCAGACACUUUUUAAAGAAAACAAACAACAACAAAAUGAUGAUCUAACCUAGCUUAAUAUAAUUAGUAGUUACAUUAUUAUAUAGUAAUAUUCUAGCUGCUAAGCAAAUUGAUCAGACACUCAUACGUAUAUACAUCAUAUAUAUGAUUUCGAAAGCGAUACUAUCUUAUAUUCCAUUCAUUGUGUUAAAGUUCACCCACUCAAUUGACAAUUUAGCCACGUAAAUUUUUUAAUUGUAAUUGUCGUUAAAAUAUCUAAAUAUUUUAAGCUCAAAACGUGU